AUGGAGCAGAUAUUGAAGGACGGCCCUCGGCCGCCGGGAAUCUUUUGUAUCGAGGAGGAGGAGGAGGAGGAGGAGGAGGAGGAGGAGGAGGAAGAGGGGCAGGGACAGGGGGAAGAUAUGGGGUUGUCGGAAGUGCCAAGUCAGGAGCCGUCACUCGGGUGGAAACAGUGUGGCUUCCAGGUUCUUGUGAACCCCCGGGGGAAAAAACUCAGGUGGGUGGAGGAGGAGGAGGAGGAGGAGGAGGCGGAGGUGGAAGGAGGAGGAGGUGGAGGUGGAGGUGGAGGUGGAGGAGGGAGAAGAAAGGAAAGAGAACGAAAAAGACACGGAGCCGGAGGAAAGGAGAAUGGAAAGACAGAUGGUAGGAGGGGGAAAAAGGAGAAUGAAGAGUUCUCGGAAUGCAAGGAAGAAGAAUAA